AGUUCCAAAAAAAUAAUUUCUGUUGGAUAAUAUAAGCAAAUUCAUGCCAUUACUUCCUUCCGACAGAAAAGACGAAUUUAUCACAAUGCAAAUAAAAUACGCUGAACACAGGUUGGAAUGAAAACAGAAUGGCCCUGAAUUUGCUUGGAGAUCCUCUAACAGCUAAACAGGGCCUCACCCAUGCCUCUUCCACCUCAGCAUUUGGAUUUGUUAGCUUAGCAAGCGGUAGAAUGAGCUCUAUGAUUUGUCCAUCUCACCCAAAGAGACACUUUUACAAAAUUGAUGAUUAUAAAUGGCAAUUCAACAAGCAAAAUUUGAAGCAGAGAAUAAGCUGUGUUGUCACAAAGACUGUAGUGGAGGAGAAGAAGACUGUAGAGACAUCCUUGGGGCCAAGGUCACGCCGGCUUAUAUUGCUGCGUCAUGCCAAAAGCUCAUGGGAUGAUCCUUCUUUGAGAGACCAUGACAGGCCUUUAAGCAAGCAUGGUCGCCUAGCUGCAGCAAGCAUUGCUGGCAAACUGUACCAGCUAGGCUGGUUGCCUGAACUAAUUUUGUCCAGUGAUGCAUACCGUACACGUCAGACACUUCAAAUUAUGCAAGCACAUAUAAAAGAGUUUUUGGAGGCAGAGGUGCAUUUCAUUCCAAGCUUUUAUUCGAUAGCAGCAAUGGAUGGGCAAACUGCUCAGCAUUUACAACAAGCUGUCUGCCAAUAUUCAAGAGAUGACAUACUUACUAUAAUGUGCAUGGGGCAUAAUAGAGGCUGGGAGGAAGCAGCCUCAGUGUUCUCUGGGGUUCCCGUUGAACUUAAAACAACCAAUGCUGCUGUACUAGAAGCCUCUGGAAAGUCUUGGGAAGAGGCUUUCUAUUCUGCAGGUUUUGGUGGUUGGAAGCUUAUUGAUGUUGUUAAGCCAGAUUAAUGGACUGAAUCAAAUAAGAUUUUAUGCACAUUCAUGGGAACAUAUUUUAAAUUUCAUUGUACAAGAGAACAGUAAACUAUUAGCAGGCUAAACGCAUACAAUGGGAAAGAAUUCCCAUUGCACAGACCUUUAAGAAACUGUUUGCUUCUUAAUAUAGAAAUAGAUGGAGAAAUGGCCCUUUCGCAUGUGCAAGCAGAAGUGAAAUUCCUACUUGUAACCAAUCUUGAAAGACAAUUUUCAGUGGCUGCGAGAAGUGGCUUUGUCAAAGCAGGAUGAACACAAAGAGUAUUCAGAUAUUAAGAAUUCAUCUGCAACCAUUUACUUAUCAGUGCUGAUCUGAUUAAAAUGUGACUGGGGAAAUUGAGAACAAAUGGAUAGUUAUAUUGUAUCUUGUUACCAUUUUGUGUGACAGUGGAAUCUCAAUGCAUGACAUGCUUAGAUGACUCCAUUGAAUAUGGUUGUCUCCAUAUUCAGUCGCUCUGUAAACUUUUAAUGUAAAAAGAAAUUAGACAGUUCGAAUCUAAUAUUAAUGCAUUCUCCAUAUAUUGGGAGUUCAACAACAAUUUUGUCAUCUAGUAUUAAAUCUAGAAUACAUUUGGUAUUCGUAACCAUUUCUAUUAUUCUGGAAUGAAAUUCUGCAUGCUAUACAAACCUUAGUCAUUGGAAGGAAAAUCUUGCAGACAGCAUAUGGAACCAAUACGUUAAUGGGUGCUAUUAUUUCAUAGGUUUGAGGAUUGGGUUUAAAUUUAAAAGGAUCAUAUUCCUCCUGUGUCAACAGUGACUUUGUGACAGUUUAUAACAACUAUUAACAAGAAAUAAAUGACAAGUGUUCC